AUGGCGUUGUUUUGUCAAGGUCAUGAAUACCACGGUCUCAAGGUCACCAAUACCACGGUCUCAAGGUCACCAAUACCACGGUCUCAAGGUCACCAAUACCAGGGUCUCAAGGUCACCAAUACCACGGUCUCAAGGUCACCAAUACCGCGGUCUCAAGGUCACCAAUACCAGGGUUUCAAGGUCACCAAUACCACGGUCUCAAGGUCACCAAUACCAGGGUCUCAAGGUCACCAAUACCACGGUCUCAAGGUCACCAAUACCACGGUCUCAAGGUCACCAAUACCAGGGUCUCAAGGUCACCAAUACCACGGUCUCAAGGUCACCAAUACCACUGUCUCAAGGUCACCAAUACCACGGUCUCAAGGUCACCAAUACCACGGUCUUAAGGGUCUCAAGGUCACCAAUACCACGGUCUCAAGGUCAUUAAUACCAGGGUCUCAAGGUCACCAAUCCCACGGUCUCAAGGUCACCAAUACCACGGUCUCAAGGUCACCAAUACCGCGGUCUCAAGGUCACCAAUACCAGGGUCUCAAGGUCACCAAUACCACGGUCUCAAGGUCACCAAUACCACGGUCUCAAGGUCACCAAUACCGCGGUCUCAAGGUCACCAAUACCGCGGUCUCAAGGUCAUUAAUACCGCGGUCUCAAGGUCACCAAUACCACGGUCUCAAGGUCACCAAUACCACUGUCUCAAGGUCACCAAUACCACGGUCUCAAGGUCACCAAUACCACGGUCUCAAGGUCAUUAAUACCAGGGUCUCAAGGUCACCAAUACCAGGGUCUCAAGGUCACCAAUCCCACGGUCUCAAGGUCACCAAUACCACGGUCUCAAGGUCACCAAUACCGCGGUCUCAAGGUCACCAAUACCGCGGUCUCAAGGUCAUUAAUACCGCGGUCUCAAGGUCACCAAUACCACGGUCUCAAGGUCACCAAUACCACGGUCUUAAGGUCACUAAUACCACGGUCUCAAGGUCACUAAUACCACGGUCUCAAGGUCACCAAUACCACGGUCUCAAGGUCACUAAUACCACGGUCUCAAGGUCACUAAUACCACGGUCUCAAGGUCACUAA